AUGCCAAAACAUAAAAGAGUAGGAAAAUAUGAACUUUUUGAAAAACUAGGAGAAGGAAACUUUUCUAAAGUAAAACGAGCCAUCGAUACUGAAACACAAAUUCAAUAUGCCAUUAAAAUUGUUGAUAUUUCAAGUGUGGCUAAAGAGGGAAUGGAAAAACAAGUGAGAAAUGAAAUUUCGGUUUUAAAACAAAUUAAACAUCCAAACGUUGUACAAUUGAAAGAAGUCCUAAAAUCAGCAAAUAACAUUUACAUUGUCAUGGAAUUGAUUACUGGAGGUGAAUUAUUCGAUAAAAUUGUUGCUGCUCGUAAAUUUACAGAAGAUGUUGCUCGUCGUUAUUUCCAACAACUUAUUGAUGGUAUUGCCUAUUGUCAUGCCAAUAGAAUUGCUCACAGAGAUUUGAAACCAGAAAAUUUAUUGUUGGAUUCUCAUGAUAAUUUGAAAAUUACAGAUUUUGGAUUGAGUGGUAUGAUGAAACAAGGUGUCAUGUUGGAAACUAUUUGUGGUACACCUCACUAUGUUGCUCCAGAAGUUUUGACUGGUAAUUAUGAUGGUUUCAAAGCAGAUAUUUGGUCUUGUGGAAUUAUUCUUUUUGUCAUGUUGUCGGGAUGUCACCCUUUUGAUGGUGAAACUGUCAAUGAUUUAUUCAAGAGAAUUGAAAAUUUAGAAUUUAAAUAUCCAUCACACUUUUCAAAAGAAGUUCGUGCAUUGUUAGAUAAGAUUAUUGUUGUUGAUCCGAAUAAUCGUGCUACAAUUGCUGAUAUUCGAUAUGAUCCAUGGUUUAAAAUUAAUUAUAAUGGAACACUUGAUGCCAUGCUGUCGAGUGUACCAAAUACAAGUAAUGACUUGGUUGGUGAGAGUGGUGUUAUUCAAAAUAAUGUUACUCAACCAGCAGCUAGUAACACAACAACAGAUGCAAGUCAACAAGAAGGAAGCUCACAAACAAAUGAAAAUUCAGGUACAGAAACAACUCAAGUACCACUUCCUGCUAGAAUUGUUGUGAAUAAUGAGGAUUUGGAGAAUGCAGUUCAAGAUGUCGAUAUUAAUGAUGGUGAGGAGAGAUUUGUUGUACAAGAUCCAAAUCAACAACGUGUUCCACGUGGAAAUAGAGGUCAAAAAGUUGAUCCAUCACGUCGUCGUUUAAUGACAGGAGGUACUAAUGGAAGUAGUACUGAAAGAAUGUCAAUUCGUAUGCAAAAUAUGGAACAAUUGAAUGCUUUCGAAUUGAUUGCUGUCAUGAUGAGAGGUAAAUUGAAUCCUCUUGUAUCAAAGCACUUUACUAGACGUGCCAAUCGUUUCUCAACUUGUGGACAUCCAGAUGAUUUAUAUGAUAGAAUGAUUCAAUAUUUACAUGAAAAGAAAUUUAUUGUACGACCAAAGGAAACUGAAUAUGAAUUCAAGGCAAUUAUUAAGAACAAAUUGCAUGAAAUGAAUUUUGCAGUUCAAUUCUUUAUUGUAUCAUUCGAAAUGAUCAUUGUGGAGGUUAUCAGGUUGAAAGGAAACAUUUUGAAAUUCCAAGAAAUUUUCCGUGAACUUCAAUCACUAUUCGAUUAUGAAGCUCAAAAGAAGAUUCUCUCACGUCCAAAUAACUCUAUAAUAUCUGUAACUAGCAGUCAUGAUUCCAGUAAGCAAUAAUUAUUUAUUAUCUUUUGUUGUAUAAAAAUAUUAUUUAUGU